UGUUGACAGCUGAUUGUGUGUAUCUCGGCUACACGGAGACCGUGUCGUUAGCUCAAUCACUGAAACUGAUAUGACACGGUCUGUUUAGACGCCGUAUACCUGAUUAUAAUGGGCAUACUCUGCUGUCAACAAGCACACUGCCCAACAAUGGCCUCGGAUGGUGCGUGGCUGCACGCUCUGACCGUCUCCUGCCUCCUUGUGCUGUCCCUCGGGCAGAGUAAGCUGUAUGUGGGGGACGGGGCUUUGAGGCUGGGUGGGGAGAAGGUGUAUCUCUCAGGGGUCAAUCAGGCUUGGGUCAACUACGCGUGUGACUUCGGACAAGGACACUACAACAAAACUCGGCCUCAGCUGAUGAAAACGUUGGAUAGUAUUUACGAUAAUGGAGGUAACUCGUUACGGAUGUGGCUCCACAUCGAUGGCUCGUCCACACCGAAUUUCAACAGCUCUGGCUUUGUGACCGGCCUUGACCGCUACCUCAUCCAUGACCUUACCGAUUUCCUGAACGAGGCUGGGAAGAGAAACAUCCUCAUCACCUUAGUGUUGUGGAACUGCGCCGUUAAACCUGGGCACAGAUUGGGCGGCCUUCUGUAUGACGACUCCAAGCUGCAGUCGUACAUAGAUAACGGGUUGAGACCGCUUGUGAAGGCCCUGAGGAACAACUCAGCUUUAGGGAUGUGGGAGAUUGUCAAUGAACCGGAAGGAUGCGUGGACGUCGACCACGCUUCCAGCGAGACCUGCUAUGACACCACGUCGCUCAAUUUCUUGGACUUCGCUGAUUGGACACACGCUCACGUUCCAUUACAGAGACUCCUUGUUUUCAUUGGACGACAGGUGACGGCCAUUCACGAGGAGGAUAAUGAGGCUCUGGUCACUGUGGGGUCGUGGACGUACAAGUCGGUCACUAAUCAGUUUGCGAGACGCAACUUCUACUCUGACCACUGUUUACAGCUAGCCAGCGGUCAAAACAACAGCGGCCUUGACCUUUAUCAGAUACACACCUACUCCACGCUGGGCAUUUACUGGCCAACAGAUCCCUUUAAAGUAUCGGCGACAAAAUACGCCCUGGACAAGCCUGUCAUCAUCGGUGAGUUCAGUCAGAAGAAAGGAGCCGGACUGUCAGCGGCCCAGCAGUUCAGCUGGGGCUAUCACCAUGGUUACAGCGGCACGUGGGGAUGGAGCGUCAGGGGAGGCGACCCUGCUGCCGACAACUUGCACGUGCUGGAAACAGGCAUGCGCGAACUCCGCGGACAAAACAACCAAUCAGCAGGGGGCAUUGUAAAUUUUGUUAUUCCAUCUCAGCAAAGCGAUAGUUGGCACAUGUAUCCAAUACGAUUUUUCAUGUUUUUGUAUUCAUUUUUCAUGAAUUAAUAAAAAAAUGAAUUAAAUAA